CAAAAUUUGCUAUCAAAGAUUCAAAGAAAAUACAAACUUGCUACGGAAGACAACUAUUAACGCAAGACAAUUAGUUCCAGAUUCAGCAACUAUUAGCUGACGAAAGAACUGUAUUUAUCUUUAAUAAAUAUUUAAUAGUUACAAGUUACCAAAUUAGUUUUACAUUUAAUUAAACUUGUAGGUGCUAUAAACGAAAUCUAUCAAAAUGAAAACACGAUUUAAUACAUACGACAUCGUGUGCAUGGUGGCCGAAUUACAAAGGCUGAUCGGAAUGAGAGUAAAUCAAGUGUAUGAUAUAGACAACAAAACAUAUGUAAUUCGGCUGCAGAGAUCAGAAGAGAAAUCGGUUUUGCUAUUUGAGUCGGCCAACAGAUUCCAUACUACACAAUUUGAGUGGCCUAAAAAUGUAGCUCCAUCAGGAUUUACUAUGAAGCUCCGUAAACAUUUAAAGAACAAGCGUCUCGAAAAACUAUCACAGCUUGGUAUAGACAGAAUAGUAGACCUGCAGUUUGGUAGUGGUGAGGCAGCGUACCACGUUAUAUUGGAGCUGUAUGACCGAGGAAACAUUGUACUGACAGACUUUGAGUGGACCAUCUUAAAUGUUCUAAGACCACAUGUUGAGGGAGAUAAAGUAAGGUUUGCAGUAAAAGAAAAAUACCCACUAGACAGAGCAAAAACAAGCUAUGAAGCUCCAAAUGCUGAUGCUCUAAAAGAAAUAUUUGGGAAGAGUAAACCGGGAGAUAACAUUAAAAAGAUUUUAAAUCCAAAUCUGGAAUAUGGUGCAGCUGUAAUAGACCAUGUUUUGCUGGAGAAUGGCUUGGCAGGUAACAUGAAGGUGUCUCAGGACCCUACCAAAGGAUUCUACAUGGAGCGAGAUUUGGACAAGCUUGUAACAGCUCUGAAACAAGCUGAAAUGAUGAUUGAAAAUGGCAAAAACCAAAUAGCGAAGGGCUACAUAAUCCAGAAGAGAGAGGAGCGUCCAAACCCUGAAGGAGGAGGUCCGAACUAUCUACUCACUAACCAAGAUUUCCAUCCUAUGUUGUUUGCACAAACUAAGAAUCAGCCUCACACGGAAUACGAAACAUUUGACAGAGCUGUUGAUGAGUUUUAUUCAGCACUGGAAGGGCAGAAGAUAGAUCUUAAGACUGUUCAUGUAGAACGAGAGGCGAUAAAGAAACUCCAGAACGUCCGUAAAGAUCACGACAAACGUAUAACUGAACUAGAACGCCUCCAGCUAGAAGAUAGGAAAGCCGCUGAAAUGAUAUCCAGAAAUGAGCCUCUCAUAGAACAAGCGAGAUUAGCCAUCCAAGCGGCUAUUGCUAAUCAGAUGUCCUGGGAUGACAUAAAGCUUCUAGUUAAAACGGCUCAAGACAACAACGAUCCAGUAGCCUCGUCCAUCAAGCAACUCAAAUUAAACACCAACCACAUCACACUCCUGCUCCAGGAUCCCUAUGACGAUGGGAACAGCGAGGACGAUGAAUGUGAUGAACGACUGAAGCCUAUGCUUGUAGACAUCGAUCUGUCCUUGACGGCAUUUGCUAAUGCUAGAAGGUAUUACGACCAAAAACGAACAGCCGCGAAGAAACAACAGAAGACGCUCGAAUCAGCAGAUAAAGCGCUUAAAAGUGCCGAAAGGAAAACGAAACAAACUUUGAAAGAGGCGCACACAAUCAGCAACAUCAGCAAAGCUAGGAAAACUUAUUGGUUCGAAAAGUUCUACUGGUUCAUCUCGUCUGAUAAUUAUCUCGUGAUCGCGGGCCGCGACCAGCAGCAGAACGAGCUGCUGGUGAAGCGCUACAUGCGCGCGUCGGACGCGUACGUGCACGCAGACGUGUCGGGCGCCGCCUCCGUGCUUGUCAAGUGCCGCGGGGCGCCGCCCUCGCCCAAGGCGCUGUGCGAGGCGGGGCAGGCCGCCGUCGCCUACAGCGUGGCUUGGGAGGCGAAGGUGCUGACUCGCGCGUGGUGGGUUUUCGGACACCAAGUAUCCAAGUCCGCGCCAACGGGCGAGUACCUCACCACUGGCUCCUUCAUGAUCCGCGGCAAGAAGAACUACCUGCUACCUGAAUUGUUACAGUUCGGUUUCAGCUUCAUGUUUCGAUUGGAAGACAGUUGCAUAGAACGUCAUCGAGAUGACAGGAAGUCGUUGGCUCCAGAUGACUCCGCUUCUGAUGUCACUUCCACGCAGGACACCGAGGAUGAACAAGAGAUCGUAGUGUCUGAUGAUGAUGAAACAUCAGACAAAGAAGAAUCGAAGAAAGAAUCUUUAGAUACAAUAAAAGAAGAAGUAACGAACGUUAAAACCGAGAAACCUUCCGACGAAAACGAUAGAAAAGAAAAGAAAACCCCGGAAACUUCACCGGCGAAAGUUAACAAAGAGACUGUUUCAGAAGAAUCUGAGAUACAGGACAACAAUGAAGAGGAUAAAAAUGAUCAAGAGAGUGAUUCGGAUAGCGAGAGUUCAGAAGCUGGAGUAUUUAAUACUCAUAUUAAGGUCGACCACGGCACUGGUGAAGUUUUCAUCGCGUCUAAAUCUCGGACAAUGUCUGAAAUGUCAGAUAAAAGUGACGAUUCCAAACUUCUAUCGUUCCCAUCUUUACCGAAGAAAGGUGGGAAAAAAACGCAGAAGGAGCAAAAACAGCAGGAAAUUAAGAAAGAAGAGAAACAAGGUCCCAAACGCGGACAGAAGAGCAAAUUGAAGAAGAUAAAAGAGAAGUACAAGAAUCAGGACGAAGAAGAUCGAGCGCUUAUGAUGGAACUUUUGAAGCCGGAUAAAAGCGCGAAAGAUUCGAAGAAAGCUCAGAAACAAAUAACCAAGGGUGGAAAGAGCAAGGCUGCAUCGAGGUUGCCGAAGAUCCCGCAACCCGUGCCCGUCCUGCUGGAGGCGGAGUCCGACGGGGAGGAACCAGAGCCCGAGCUGGAGCAGUCCGCUCCCGAUGCGGACAUCGAGAUGUUAUGCCAGCUGACCGGCUGUCCGCUGCCGGAGGACGAGUUGCUGUUCGCCGUGCCGGUCGUGGCGCCCUACUCCUCCUUGCAUAACUACAAGUUCAAAGUGAAACUGACGCCGGGUAGCAAUAAGCGCGGCAAAGCGGCUAAAACGGCUGUACAAGUUUUCCUCCGCGAGAAGAACAGUUCACCGCGCGAGCGAGACCUCCUGAAAGCGGUCAAGGAGGAGAACGUCGCCAGGAACUUCCCGGGGAAAGUUAAACUCUCGGCGCCACAGUUGCACAAACAUAAGAAAUAAUAUUUUUUAGAUACGGCAACAAAAUAAAAAUAA